AUGGACCUGGACAUGGUCGUGGACGUGGACGUGGUCGUGGACGUGGUCGUGGACGUGGUCGUGGACGUGGACGUCGACGUGGACGUGGACGUGUUCGUCGACGUGGAUGUGGACGUGGAAGUGGACCAGGACGUGGACGUGGACGUGGACGUGGUUGUGAACCUGGACGUGGUUGUGGACGUGGACGUGGACGUGGACUUGGACGUGGACGUGGACUUGGACGUCGACGUCGGCGUGGUCGUGGACGUGGAUGUGGACAUGGUCGUGGACGUGGACAUGGACAUGGUCGUGGAGGUGAACGUGGUCGUGGACGUGGUCGUGGACGUGGUCGUGGACGUGGACGUGGACGUGGACCGGGACGUGGACGUGGACGUGGACGUGGUCGUGGACGUGGACGUGGAUUGGACGUGGUCGUGGACGUGGACGUAG